UUCUGGCUUCGUUCACUUUCCCACCACCGGAAAGCUGCCGUCAGGCGCUUCCGGCUUCCGGGACGUACGCUGUCGCAAAGCGGAAGUGUGGGUUUAGCGGGCACCGGCGCCCGGAAGGUCAGCGUGUGAAGGAGGUGGUGGUAGCGCGGGUCUCCCCGCUGUUACCGAGGAGCAACGGCCGAGCAGACGAUCCCGGCCUGAGGCGGAGGUGAGAAGCAGACGGGCAGUUUGCUGCGACACCAUGGAGGGCGGCGGAGGAAGCGGCAACAAAACCACAGGAGGGCUGGCCGGCUUUUUUGGAGCCGGCGGAGCAGGCUACUCGCACGCGGAUUUGGCUGGAGUCCCGCUAACUGGUAUGAACCCUCUGUCUCCUUAUUUAAAUGUGGAUCCACGGUAUCUCGUGCAGGAUACAGAUGAGUUUAUAUUACCAACUGGAGCUAAUAAAACCCGGGGCAGAUUUGAACUUGCUUUCUUCACCAUUGGAGGAUGUUGUAUGACAGGGGCUGCAUUUGGGGCAAUGAAUGGUCUACGGCUAGGAUUGAAGGAAACCCAGAACAUGGCCUGGUCCAAACCAAGAAACGUACAGAUCUUGAAUAUGGUGACGAGGCAAGGGGCACUUUGGGCUAAUACUCUAGGUUCUCUGGCUUUGCUCUAUAGUGCAUUUGGUGUCAUCAUUGAGAAAACACGAGGUGCAGAAGAUGACCUCAACACAGUAGCAGCUGGAACCAUGACAGGCAUGUUGUAUAAAUGUACAGGUGGUCUUCGAGGGGUAGCACGAGGCGGUCUAGCAGGACUGACACUCACGAGCCUCUAUGCACUGUAUAACAACUGGGAGCACAUGAAAGGCUCCUUGCUCCAACAGUCACUCUGAAGAUUUCGCUAGCUUGUGAAUGGAGGACACUUUAGUAGUCAUCCAAAUCAAUUAAUAAGUCAGUCUGGAGUCAUUUACUCUUCUGCCUACAGUUAGUUUGAGAAAUUGGAGAUUCCAUUUUGCUGUGAUGAAGAUCAUGGACGGUUGACCAGGACUGGCACUCCUUCCAGCCAUUAAUGAGCUGAAGCCAAAACCCUUCGGUGGCUGAGUAAUGUGGUUCUCUUCUCCUUUGAAGAAGAUUCUUGCACCUCCUACCCCCUGAACUGGAAAACCACUUACUCCCAAAAUUCAGGUCACGCUUGUCAAUACUGUUAUCACCGUGUUUGUUCACUUAAUGAUCCAGGACUGUAAUAUUGCCCUGUAUUCUGAAUAAAGGGUGAAAAUAGAACCAAA